UAUCUAGAUCGAGGAACGGCUCUUGACAAUUUAUGUUAGCAUUUGCUAAUAAAAACGAGAUAAAUGUCCCUUUUCAACCUCGUCAGGCGCACAUCAUUAUUAUUCUUAUCAAAUUCUACGAAAGAUGUCUGUCCCCUUGACAUCUCGACAAUUUCCUCGAAGAGAUUCCCCGGUUGAGUGAUUUGCAAUAUUGUCCAGCAUAAAUCUGGACUAGGGGAGGUGGGUGUGAUCCCUUCGUAACUCGCCUAGUAACCAUACCCUCCGCCAUCUGGAGAAUGACCCCCGUAGAGCUGGAAAAUGGAGGUGCAUUUGUGCUAUCGGGUUGCUGAGGGGAAAAAAUAUGAUAUUAACAUCGCCUCCCUUCGCACUUCGUCUCACCUCAAAUAUCAUGCAUGCUCAUCUUGUUAUCUGGCCGUUUUCAUUUAUUCACCGCUAGGGAACGUGGGGGUGUCGUUCCGUACACGUAUGAAAGCAGCAUGCAGACCGGUUUCGGGAAUAUUUGCGCGUGGUAUUCCUUUGUGCAUAUCUGCAUCUGAGGAGUCAUACAGCAUGCUUAAUUAAACCUUGCUUCAAACACCCUCACCAAGUAGGCAGAACUCAACCAAAUACCCAAAAGAGUCCCUGGUUUUUGGGGUGAAAAGCACUGCUGUGUGGCAUGAAUGGCAUCCGAACACCACCCUUAUGGCGUACGAAGUAUCCAUUUAUAUGCUCUCUGCGAUGUUAAUUCCGCCCGGCUUUUAUGCAAAAUGGAUUCUCAAAAACGGAGACGACCGAUGCCUAGAAUAAUAAACAGCCUCUGUUGUUGUUUCUGUGGCAUCCCCGUUCUCGCCGUUGAAGAAAGGAGUUUCUCCUCCAGUUGCGCACUUACUUGUUCAUAUCCAUAUCCAGGUUCCAAACACGCCCUCCUCCCAUUUCCCAUGUUAACGAUAACAUGCACCUGAUUCUCAUGUCCCACUGUUCUUUCUGUUGGCUCGUGUGCCUCGGUCGCUACUCUUACAGGCUGCAAGUUUUCGGCGUGCACCGAAAACCUCCUUGACUAUGUGGGAAGGAAUGAAAUAUCAAGUAAAAAAUCCGCCGUGCCUAGCAUCUUCCUAAGGUUUCUUCGUAAAUCCUAAUAAUUAUUAAUAAAUUUCUUCGUGUAUGCAGUAUGGAGACAGACCGGUUUUUUCCUCCAUGUACUUGAUUGACUCGGGUAUUUCUUCUCGGGUCUUUGAUAGAGUUACCCGCGCAGUGGCAUCCACUUCGAUUAGUUUAGUUCGCUCCCUAGCUAUUAGUUAGCCUGUCGCUUGUUAGGCCCAUGCCAGCCACCAGAGCCAAGGGCACCAAGAGCAGUCCGCCUCUGCAGGAUGACAGUAUUCGGUGUGCUCCCCGCGGAGUAACCACGCUUGAACUUGAACGAGGAGGGGAUCCUGGAGAUAGUGACAGGGCCAAGAGAGCUGGUGGUUGAGGUGGUUGAGGUGGUCGUUGCUGGUUGGUUGGGAACGUGGAAGGCGUUCUGUCAUUUAUUAUUGAUGGUAUACUAUGCCUAGCAGCUAUAAAUUAGUUAGAAACGCUUGCGCAGGCGUGGGAGGGAGGCUUGACUAGGGGCUUGUUCCGCACACACAGCACACACAGCACACACAGCACAACACCAAGCAACCGCCAAAUCGAGCCGGUCUGCAACCAAGCGCCUGUUAUAUAUAAAACAGGCGCCUUUCCCUCUCCUUUCCCUAUGCGUGCGCACCCCCCGCUUCGACCUUCGACUCAAGAAGGUUUGUAAGAGACGAGAGCCCAGCAGUCAUCCUCACGUUAUAUCCCCCGUUAGAUGCUGCAUGCAGCAUUUCGUCUGGCCCCAAACACCCGUGCCGCACGACACGCUGUGGACCAACAACAACAACAAUAGUGUUAAAAUUGAUAUUGUAUAAGGAUCAUCGCUUGCUGUCCCAUCUUCCCACUCCACUCUAGGGCUUGAAUGGUUGCCCGAACCUGAGACGUUUCUCUUGACGCGCGCGUGCCGAUCCGCAAUGUGUCGAUCAACCUCAUAAGUCGGUCAUUCUUUUUCUCGAAUCUGCCAUCAUGGGGAACGCUUUAUUCCCACGGAUCCUCGCCCUCUUCCUCGCCUUGCUGCUCUGGGCUCCUCGGGUGCUGUCUUCCACUACUGACAGACCAGGUAGACCAGACCGAUGGUUCCCUCCCCAAGAAACGGAACCACCAAACCCCUUCAACAAACAAUGCGGCAGAACCCAUUUCUGCGAAAGCGACCCUAGGCUACGGCCGAAUUGCGUAGAGAGAAUCCAUGGAUAUACCGUCUGCGAGAUGUAUUACCCCAAGGGCGACAGGAUGAUGCAGGUCUGUAGGGAUUGUGUGGAUUCGAACUGUCAAUUCGCGGGGUGUGAGUGGUUUACGUAGGGAAUUUGGAGGAGAGGGAGGAGAGAAUGAGAUGGAAUGAGGUUCGAAACGGGAUACAUAUGUGAGGUGAAGUGAGAGUUUGGUUUUGGGUUUGAGCGUUCUAUGUAUCCUGGAAAUUCUAAUUUUCCUCUCAAAUCCCUGGGAGAAAGGAUUUGAUAUCUGCCCCCAGGCUCAUUUUGCAUUGUUCAUUCAAUUUUCUUCUUCUUCUUCUUCUUCUUCUUCUUCUUCUUCUUCUAUAUAUAUGCUUUACAAGACCCAUAGCGGCAUGUUAUGUUAAACCACGAGGGUUACGAUGACGAAAAAAAUUGAAAUUGAAUAAAAUACAUCCCUUCUAAUUCGUUUUAAGAGGGUAGAUGAUCUCUUAGAAAGUAUCACAAAAAUAUUGAAAACGUGAGGAAAUACAUAUACCAAGUAAUCCUAUCAUGAUGGCUAAAUCACCGUCAUAACACUUCCGUGGAAUUAAAUGUCAAAAAGGUUGAAAAACGCCCACUUCCUUUUUGUCUCGGGGUAUUAUUUACUGUCCAAAAAAAUUAAUUGAAAAAAGAAACGUUUCCACAAUCCGCCAGCACCAACCCUCAACGACCCCUCAAAAUUCACACGGCAUGCCCCCCCCUCCCCCCCCAAAAAAAAAGAAAAAAAAAAAAAAAAA